AUGAAGACUCCGACAACUUUGACGGAGGCUUGCGAGUUCAACAGCUGCCCCUCUGGAAGCCCAGCUGUGGGUUACAAUGCUUCGGAGCCUCGCCUCGGCUAUGUCAACAGUUAUCCAGCAAGCUCGAUGCAGUACGGCAUCGAGUCGCGCGCUCCAGAGUUCUUUGAUGGAGCUCCAGACCUGGCAGUCGCAGGUCCUAAUGUUGGCAACAACAUUGGCCUCGAAGUGUACUUUUCCGGCACCGCAGGCGCCACCACUUACGCCGCCGGCGCUGGUAUUCCCGCUAUUGCAUUCUCCGGGGCCACCGGAUCGCAGACAGCGUGGAACGUGUCACGCCCAAACUACAGUGAUGUCUACGCCGAUCUCGCAACUAACCUCACAAACCACGUGGUGGCCGCUGGAAAGCCGUAUCUGCCACAGGGUAUCUGGUUGAAUGUCAAUUUCGGGUCAGUCUCGGACUCCGAGUGCACAAACCCGCAGGAUUUCUCCUUUGUGCUGUCCAGGAUCCACGUUGCCGUUCCUCUCAUUACAGCUGACGAUGUGACCACGUGUGGAAGUGACAGACUCCCAAGCGAACUGGAGGUCUCCCUCACUUCGGGGUGCUGGGCGAGUGUCUCGGUUGGUUUGGCGAGCUCGAAGAACGACGCCAAUGCGACCAUGCAGGGGGUUGUUUUGAAGAAGCUGGACAAUUUGCUGACCUGUCUGCCGUGA